AGGAGGAGGGGGGCGUGCCCCGUCUGCUGCUCGUUACAUGGUCUCCUCCUCCUCCUUCUCAUCAGUGAGGGGGAGACAGGAGGAAGGGUGGAGAGCGGAGCCGGGAGGGGGGGACGCAGAUUCCUGGGACGUUAUGGCUUUCAGAAGGAGGAAAAGUUACCCCAUCUUCAGCCAGGAGUUUGUCAUCCACAACCAUGCGGACAUCGGCUUCUUCUUCGUCCUCUGCGUCCUCAUCGGGCUCAUGUUUGAGGUCACUGCUAAAACUGCCUUCAUCUUCAUCUUACCUCAGUAUAACAGCAGCCUCCAGUCUCUCGAUGGCGAGAUCUUCUACUAUCACUAUGGUGCGAAGGAUCUGGUCACCAUAUUGUUCUACGUUAUCAUUGCAAUCAUUCUGCACGCCAUCGUCCAGGAAUACAUCCUAGAUAAAAUAAACAGACGCCUUCAUCUGUCGAAGGUAAAACAAAGCCGCUUCAAUGAAUCCGGGCAGCUGGCGGCGUUCCAUUUGGCCUCCAUGUUUUGGAGUCUGUACGUUGCAGCCACGGAAGGUUAUUUAUCCAAUCCAAAGACCCUAUGGGAAAGCUACCCUCAUGUGUACUUACCGUUUCAAGUGAAGUUUUUCUACCUGUGCCAGCUGGCGUAUUGGCUGCACGCACUGCCAGAACUAUAUUUCCAAAAAGUAAAGAAGGAGGAAAUCCCUCGGCAGCUUCAGUACAUUGUACUUUAUGUACUUCAUAUAGGAGGAGCAUAUUUACUCAAUUUAACCCGUUUAGGGUUGAUAUUGCUGUUACUACAGUCAGUGGCGGAGUUCCUCUUCCAUAUUGCGAGGCUUUUCUACUUCACUGAUGAAAACAAUCAAAAGCUUUUUAACGCCUGGGCAGUGGUGUUUGUGGUCACCCGGCUGUUUACUCUCACCCUUUCGGUCCUGACCAUUGGGUUUGGUCUGGCGAGGGCAGAGAUCCACACCUUCAACCCAGACAAAGGCAACUUCAAUACAUUACUGUUCAGGAUGAUUGUGUUGCUCAUGAUGUGUGUGUCGCAGACCUGGAUGAUGUGGCGGUUCAUACACUUCCAGCUGCGUCGUUGGCGCGAGUGCUGUAAAGAACAAGCUGCUAAAAAGAGGAUUCCCGUAGCUGUGAUGGCCAAGCAACAGGUCAAGGUUCUUAAAAGGGAUACAGGUUAUCACGAAAACGGAUUGAUAAAAGCUGAGAAUGGAUCCACACCCCGACCGAAAAAAAUCAAGUCUCCAUAAUAAAAAGCACGACAUCAAAAACCAAGCCAAACCCUCAUGUGACAGAGAAUCCCGGGCACACAGAGGAACGGGACUAGAACUGUGCCUCAAACACUGUCUUCUUUUGUGCCUUUUUGGGCCAGAACAGAAAAAAGUGCCUUCUAAGAAUCCUCAUUAGAAACUUUUUGUUAUGGUAUUUAACAAAAAAAAUUGCCACGUGCCGAACUUGCCUUCCACCCGUACCUGGUACACGGCCUCGGAAAGCUUACAUUCCCUCCUUCAGAGUGGAUUACAGUAUUUCAUUAUUUUUUUUUAUUUUUUUUCUAACCCUUGCACAGUGAACUUUUUGCAAUGCCGGCUACACCAUCAAUCAUUUGUUAGGGCUCUACCUCCAUUCACGGCCCAUUCAGUGCUGUCAUUGUAUCCUACAACAUGUAGGCACCACUGCUUGGAUGUUGUUUGUCUCACCUUGUUGGUUCCUUCAAUGUCUUUGCCAUUCUUCGUCUUCACAGCUAAACCAUAGCCAGUCAGCCAAAUAAUUUUUGUCCUUGAAUUGUUUUUUUGGGUUUCGAAAAAGAAUCCCAAAUCCAUGUGUUUUUACUGCCAAUAAGUCAACAAAUUGGGGUUUUGAUCUCCUCUAGGAUCGUAAGGUCUUCUUCUGUUGGCAAAUGAGUUGGAUGUGUUGGCAUAAAGGUAAGCUCCUUCAAGUUCAAGCCACGUGUCCUUGACCGUCUGGAAGUUCCUUGUGUGAACUGGAGAGCUACAAGUACCUCAUAAUGUUUUCAGGAGCUUGGUCGAGUUUUUGCUUUGAGCAACUGGAUAAAACUUUCAACACGAUAAACCUCACUUGACCUAGUCAACCAUAUGCACCAAAGGUCACCGAGCAGAUAUCUCCUCUCUUGUUCCUCUGGGUUAACCAGGCUUGAUAUUUUGGACAUGAAAGUUCCUAGAUCUUGUUUCUUUGUGUCUUGAGGUCUAAGUUGAAUAUGGCUUGUGUGGUGGUUGACGCCCAAUGGAUUAUAGGCAUCUAGUCGAAAUUAUUGAAGGGAAGUCAGUGGGCAUUGUCCGGGGUUAGAGAAAAGUGCCCUAUUUAUUUUCAUGGGUCUAAGCUGCAAUACCAAACCCAACCAUGGAUAAGAGUGGCGCUGUUUUUGCAAACUGGUCCUCAAUGACUUAUUUGAAAAUGAAUGUUGUAAAAUCUAUGUGUAAUCUUGAGUAACUUUGCAAAUACUUUCCUUACAGUGAUCUUCAUUUACAAAUUAUACUCCAGUCACCUCCAAAGCUGUUGGACCUCCACCCAUUCUGAGAAUGAAGUGG